UGUGUAUCACUUGGAUGAUUUUUGAAUAAAGAGUUUCCUUUAAAAUCCCUCCAAAAUGUCGCCUUAAAAACCACUCAAAAUGAAAAACGAAUCAGCAAGGAAGCGGCUGGCUCGAAUACGGUGCCUCUUAGACACCAUUAAACGCAUGGAACAGGGGAAAUCCUUGCCUUUAGCCUUGUGUUAUGUCCAAGGUGAAGUAACUUAUCAACUCAACAGGGAAAUUGUCAAUCCUUCUCCAAUCCCAAUAUUUAAAUUACCCUCGAAAGAUGCGGAGAAGAUCGGAGAAAUAAUCCCCUCUCCUACUAUACAAGUGUUUGGUUCUGGAGACGAGUAUAACAACAAGCAAGGACGCUGGAUGAGGCUGACACAGAAAUCGUUGCAAAGGUUUUGCAGUCAAUUUAGUACAACAUCAAAGAGCAUCAAAGAAGGCUGGAUUCUUUAYGUUCCAUUUGAUUCCAAGCAAGGACAAGGGAAAGAAUGUUUGACAGCGGUAUCUAGUGCGUCAGGAAAUAAAGGGAAAAAGAAAACUAUUGAAAAUAGUGGCUUUAAGAGUUGGAUAGAAGCAGURGAGUUAUCAUACACCCUACGCCUAACAGAGCCUCCGGUAAUUGACAAGAAUGCCGACAAAGAAGCCAUGAAGCAACUCAGCUCCCCACCAUCCAACUGGAAUCUAGAAGCUGAUGAGGAGUUGGCCAAGUUCCUUGCUGAGUACAUCAACAAGCAAGAAGCAAGUCUUGGGAAUAUUAGUCGAUACGUGGAAAAUAUUGAUGUGUCCACUAGUUCUGAUGAUGAAUCUAAAGAGAAUUUGACAGAUGGAGAUCCAGAGACAUACUGGGAGUCAGACGGCAGUCAAAGCCGACACUGGAUCAGGCUUAGUAUCAAACCUGGCACUGUUAUAAGGCGAUUAUACAUUGGUGUAGAUUCCAGGGAUGAUAACUACAUGCCACACAAAGUAGCUGUGUUUGGUGGAGAGACAGGCAAUAUGAAACUCCUGAAUGAAGUCUACAUUGACCUGAAUUUUACAGGGGAUGCCUUGAUUUUGGAAGGAAUGAYGCAGUAUUACCACUUAAUUGAUAUUAAAAUAAAAGAAUGCAAAGAUGACGGCAUUGAUACGAGAGUACAUGACAUAAAGAUCGUAUCAGCAAGUGAGAAAGAACCAGGGUUGUCUAUAGACUUGCUAAAUAAUGCCCAACUUGUAAGAUUUCCAAAAUUAGAUGCUGUGGAAGUUCCAGUACUUUAUAGAAGAGCACAGAUAUUAUUAAGAUUUAUUGAGCUAUUAGAUAGUGUCAUUCAUUACCUUCUUCCUUCCUGGAACUACACAGCUGGAUCCUUCAAAGACCUUGAAGCUAUAAGGCAGCUUCUUCCACUGUCCCGUUACAGAAAUAAUCUAAUAGARAAGUUCCUUAAAGAAUCUCAAACAAGCGCACCUCCACGAAUGCCCAAACUGUUUAUAAAUCGCCGCCUGGCUGCUGAGCACAAGGCAGAUCCUACACAAGACCCUGAAGGAAAGAGAACCAUAUUCCACCAGUUAUACGAAGGUUUACAACCAGAGAAGUGUGGCGUCAAGUUAGAUUACAGAUGGCCUGGUCGCUAUGAUCAGUGGUGGGAAUGUAAGUUUUUAUCAGAAGGAAUUAUUGAUCAAGGUGGUGGUUUUCGUGACUCCUUAGCAGAUAUGGCAGAAGAACUUUGUCCAUGUUCAAUGGAUGACCCAAUGCCUCUGGAAUUUUUUGUACGGACACCCAACCAGUUGCUCGAUUCAUCUAGUGUGAACAGAGACACAUACAUACCAUCACCAUCGUGUAAAGAGUUUACGAAGCUGGAGUGGUUAGGGAUGGUCAUGGGAGCAUGUCUGAGAAGUGGAAGAGAACACCUGGUUGUUUCCCUUCCUUCGUUCGUCUGGAAGCCAUUGGUUGGWGAGCGAGUAUCGUGGUCACGUGACUUCCACACAGUCGAUCUAGCUCAAGUCAAACUACUAGAAAGAUUACAAAACGUGGACAGAGAAACCUUUGAGGCUAAAUUUGCUGGGGUUUUGACGUUUACAGCUGUUCUGAGUGACAAUACCCUGGUGAAUCUUGUCCCUGGAGGACCUGAGCGAUACGUUGAAUAUGAUGAAAAAGAGUUGUACUCUAAACUUGUACAGAAGCAUCGUAUGAACGAGAGUAAGCAACAGAUCGAUGCUCUAAGAAGAGGUCUUCUCAAGGUUGUACCCCAGGCUGUACUCGACUUACUAACGUGGCAGGAGCUUGAGAAGAGGGUGUGCGGGGACCCUGAAAUAACUGUUGAGGCCCUCAAGAAAUGCUCUCAUUAYGAGGAUCUUUCAUCUGAUAAUGACCAGCGCGUGAAGGAUCUUUGGCAAGCACUUGAAAACUUUACCAACGAGGAUCGUAGUCGUUUUUUACGUUUCGUGACAGGCCGUAGACGCCUGCCAGCACCAUUGUUUAUCUGUCCAGGAAGAAGUAAUACAGAGGUUGACUCCCUACCUGAAGCAGCUACUUGUUCUAGUACGUUAUUCCUUCCCAACUAUUCAAGCCCCAAAGUAGCGGAAGAAAAAAUACGCUACGCUGCUUAUAACUGCGUUGCCAUAGAUACCGACGUGAGCCCAUGGGAAGAAUGAGUUAGUAAACUACGGAUGAACUUCCGCUCUGACGAAUCGAUAAUAACUGAAUACAACGAAAUGGAAAUGUAUUGGAAACCUAAGGGAGAAACUCCUUUUAAAGAUAAUAAUCACCAGCUGGUUACAGCGUUUUUCAGCGACACGCGCUGAAUCGCGCAAUUUUGAGGUCACGACGAAGUAGACUUUGGUAGACGUCAAUCAAGGUGUUUCCAUGGCGACAUUCCACACGCACGUGCCUUUGAAGUCUUUGUCUUCCGACAAUGCUGAGAAACACUUUGAUUGACGUCCACCAAAACUCUAUUUUGUUGCGACAGAAAAUUGUACGAGUUCGCGCGUCCGACUGAGAAGCGCUGUAGGAAGUUCAACUGCAAGCUCUCUGGCCUAUAAUAACCAAACACUUUAGCUACCAAACACACGACUUUUCGUGAAGGACACUAACAUAAAUGCUUACUUAAAAUAUUAUGACAAGCUAAUAUUAUUAUGUUAAACAAUUUAAUGCCAUUUAUAAAGGGCUUUUUUUACUUUGGAAAUAUAUAGAUAUAUUUUAUA